UGAUGGAUGAUUGUUUCUACAUGUGGAGACAAAGGAUCAUUAUGCUUUUUACAUCAAGUCACUCAGUCAGGAAUGUGAAACAUUCAAACGCAUGCACUGAAGAUAAUCCGAUUAUUAAGAAUCCACAACCACUCUGAGAGUUGGAAUGGGUCAUUUGGACUUGAAUAAUACGACAGUCAAACUGUCAUAAUGUGUAACGGGGACACACUUUGAAGACAAAUCGUUUCAGGAAAGCAAAACAGUUCAUUUUGGGAUUUUAAGAAUCAACAUGUUUUAAUUGUUUACAUCAACAGCAGAUUCACAUUUAAGUUGCAACAUCUGAGCUCUGACUGCUGACCACGCCCCCUUUUUUACAAGCCCCGCCCUGCAUGCCGUCAUAACGCCAUCCAGCAGCAGCAGCUCAGUCUGAGCUCACUCUAAGCUCCACAGAGAAGAGAAGAAGAAAAUGGCCGAUUCAACCAGCAGCAGCCACGCUGACUAUUCCUCAUCAUCAUCCAACAACUCCUCCUCUUCCUCACUCAAAGAAUUGACACAUUCAGGUGAUCAGUGAGCUCAGAUGCUGAUCGGCUGGCUGUCAGGUCUUAGUAUGCUGUUGGAGAUGUGGGCGUAUAUAAAAAAGGCUUCAGCCUUACAGCUCGUCCACUGGAAAGAACCGAAGAAGACGGCAGCCGCCUUCGGCCUGUCGCUGCUGGUUCUUGUCUCCGUUGCAACCCUGUCUGUCAUCAGCGUGGUGUCCUACCUGCUGCUCACCUGCCUGUGUGUCACCAUCACCUUCAGGGUUUAUAAAGCAGUGAUCCAGGCCGUCCAGAAAUCAGACGAAGGUCAUCCAUUCAGGUCUCUGUUAGAGAAGGACAUCUCUGUGUCCUCGGAGUCGGUCCGGCUGCUGGCGGAUCAGUCUCUGGUCCACCUGAACUGGUUCAGCAGUCAGACCAGAAGGCUGCUGCUGGUUGAAGACCUGGUUGACUCUCUGAAGCUGGCUGCAGUCAUGUGGUUGUUGACGUAUGUUGGAUCCAUUUUUAAUGGAGUCACAAUCCUGAUCCUUGCCGACAUCAUUUUCUUCACUACUCCACUGAUCUACCAGAAGAAGAAGACGCAGAUUGAUCAUCACAUCGAGAUGAUUCAGUCCAGAGUGGAGGAGAUGCUGCACAAGCUGCAAGACAGGUUACCUGGAGCCGUGAAAAGAACCAAAGCUGAGUGACCACCUGAGCCACACACACUGUGGAUCCUACCUCCCUUCUUAUUGGUCCAUUUAUCAGUGACUCACCUGCUGAAUUUAUUCUUAAAAUGUUGAAAUAAAAUCUCAAUUGAUAAACA